AAUCAAUUAGAUAUACAAACAUGGCGCCGACUAAAAGACGAUUUCGCAAACAAAAUCCUUACGAAAUUUGUCAACAGAUUAUUUUUAAAAGAUAUUAACACCAAAUACUAUUAUGUUUUUUGAAUAAUAUAUAUAUUGAAUAUGACUGAACAAAGUGAAGAAAGAAUCAUUGAUUACUUUGCAAUUUGUGGGCUGGAUGUGCGACACGGAUUGCAACCGAAUCAGUUUGCAAAUGAUAAUCUUCAUCGGGCACCUUUAUAUAGAUCAUAUAAGCCGGAUGUUUUAGCGCAUUAUCCUCAGAAUGUACCGGGUUUAGAAUUCGAUGAAAAUGCAGUUAGUUUGAUGUGUCAUCCUUGCGGAGUUUUGUUUGCAACUCAAAAAGACAAACGCAAAACUUCUGUUCAUACAUUCAUCAUAACAAGAGAGGACGGAACUAUGACAUUUGGAGUUGCUCUAACUUUCUACGAACAAAUUAAUAAUGCAGAAAUUUGUACUGCAAUGAAUACUUUACUCGCAAUGCACAUGGCUGAAUUGGAAAACAUUCAAUCGAAGACCCUGCAACCUCACCUAGGCGAACGCGUUUAUAAGAUUAGCCCAAAAAUAAAAAGAAAAGCCUCGUCUACAAAUGUUCGUUCUUAUUCUUUGGCAGAGGAUACUCUCUACGCCACUAAAGUUUUGUGCGUUCUAUCGAGAUUGCCUUUUAUCGACGUUAUGCAGAAAAUUUUAAGCGCCUUAUAUAGAGUUGUUAUGGGUCUUGACAAAGUUGAAUUAAAUUUAGAAAGCUAUAUUUAUAAUAUUCUGUACGAAAUCCCCUGCCCUACGCCAGCUUCAAGUGUGUCUUUCAAGAGUGGUGCUCACACUAUCGUUUGUCAGAGACCAGGAACUAACGAACUGCCUCCAAUGGAUUAUCCAAUACUGGAAAUAUUUCGACUACUUGGUAUAGAAGAUGUUCUCAACAUUUAUACUUGCAUUUUGUUAGAAUAUCAAAUUCUUUUAUAUUCUGAGGAAUAUGAAUAUCUUAUGUCUGUAGCAGAAUGCUUGACAGCUUUGAUAUUUCCUUUCGCCUGGUCUCAAACCUACGUUCCCAUUUUGCCAACAUCUAAUCGCCAUUUUAUUGAAGCACCUGUACCAUUUAUAAUGGGUCUACGUAGGUCAAAGGACGACGCAUUCAUCAGCGAGGAGACUCUUCAAGCUAAUAUGUGCGUUGUUGACAUAGACAAAGCUCAUGUUACCCUGCCAGAAGACCUUCCCGAAUUACCUAAUAGAGCCUCUCUUCGAGAAGAUUUAGUUAAACAGUUGACAGAUCUUCAAGAGCAAAAAGAGAAUAAACGAUUACAUCAUGGUGAUUCUAAUGCCAGUAUUGAUAGCCUAAAAAGUUUUGAGCAAAAUCAUCCGUCACAGUCUGAUUCUAUGCAAAGUUUGAGUGGUAAACUUCAACAGUUACAGAAGACUAAUCCGGCAUUUACUCAAGUCGCCGAAAUAGCCAAGAAUGCCGGUGUUUUUCAGUCGAUAGAUGACGUAACAGAUUUCCUAAGUGAGAUGCAAGUUCCUGUUUCAAGUCCACCUAGGAAACUACCUAGUUCCGCAUCAUUUCAUAACUUUCCGACGGAUGGAAAUGAAUCAUCCGCAAUGUAUUCUACUGACCUGCAGAUUGAAUGGUAUUCUGAUAACACCAUGAUAAGGGAAUUAUUCCUGCACUAUAUGCUAGUCGUAAUGAACAAUUAUGAAUCUUUCAUCAGUAAAGAGGACGGUGCAUUUGACAAACAUGCAUUUUUAGCAGAACAUCCUCCAGCUCAAAUACCGUUUUUAGCAGCCUUUUUUGACACACAAAUGUUUGCUAACUUUACGGAUUCAAAGAAAUAUUGUUUAGGAGUCGAUUUUAAAUUGCCAUGCUUUGUGAAACUUUUUGAUUCUCGUUUGGAAGAAUUUCAAAAGGUUUACAAAAAUCACGAGAGUGUGCGAUUUAUCAAAACAAGUCAAAUUGACGAUAUAUUAAAAGCCAUACGGCUAAGAAUAACAAACGUUUCUAUUAAAGCCUCUGAUCCGAGACCUUUGGACUCGACAAAUGGCCUCUCGGCAGAUAAAUCUGAUAAACAAUCGGAAGGAUGUUUAAGAAAUCUUAACGAUCAUUUACUUAAAAGAGAAAUUUUACCAGAGAAAAAAGUAAAAGCAAAGUAUAAAAAGAGAAUGGAUUCUCUAUUGCAGACAAAAACGAGACGAGACCAUCUAUCAGACACGCCUAAGCUAGUAUCAUUUCAAGAUCCAAAUGAGAUGGGUCAUACCAACUGGAAAUUUGUUGAGGCUCUACUAAAGGAGUGUAAAUCUAAAACUAAGAAAAUGUUAGUCAUAAAACUGGAUAGAAAUGAAGCUCAAGAGCUAGGCCAUGGCGAUUCUUUCGUUACUGGAGUUGAGGAAAAUACAUUAGUAACGUCGCUAUGCGAUUUACUGGAGAGAAUUUGGGCUCAUGGAGUUAGCAGUAAAUCUAAUGGUCGUUCCGCUUUGUGGCUUCACUUAAGCGCUUUUAAGCAACAGAAUGAGGGGCGAAUACCGAUUUGUAGGGAAAGACAGAUGAAGAGAAAAAAUUCUCUUACGGCCUCAGAUUUUAACUCUAGGUCUGCCUCUCUACCUCGUCCUGGUCAUCAUCGAAGUAGGUCUCGAAGGGGUAGUAUUGAAAGUUUGGAAACCUUCUCCACAUCAUCAUUAUUAGAAGAUAUAACUAAUAUUCAUAAAUUAUCAGAACUAAGAACAAGUAUUGGAUAUGCGAGAGCUUUCAUACGGUUAGCCAUUGAGAAAAAAUUACUUGCACAGCACCUUCGAAGUUUACUUGAGGAUGAGGUUUUGCUUAAAGAGCGAUAUAAACGUUUUGCGCUACUCAGAAGUGAGGAAGAGAGGGAGCAACUACUAAGCUAUCUGCUCAGUUUGGACGCUGUAGAUUAUCAAUGCUUCACAUCUACUCAUAUAUCAAUCACUAUGCCUUAUCGAGUAAUUAUUUGUCCAAGAACAGCGAAAUUAACUGGAAGCGCUCAGCUUCCUUCUCAAGUUCAUCUUACACUUUAUGGAUCAAUAGAUCAAUCACCGAAAAUUACGAUACCUGAACAGUCAUUGGAUUUUGUUAUUAAUCAUCGGAAUCUUGGCGUGUUACUGACAGUUAAGAUUGGCCAUGUAGACACUGGAGCGAAGUGGUUUCUUGAUCAAAUUUUAGUAAGAAAUGAGCUGACAAGUCUGUGCUACAGACUCCCUUGUGGAAGGUGGUUAGGAAGAGAUGUUGACGAUGGUGCUAUGGAGCGAAUACUGAUAGCCGAGUCAUUGAUGAAUGCCGAACCCGAUCAGUGGACACGAUAUCAAACACCACCUAGAUUUAGAUCACCGUCUCUGCCCAGAAGAGGUGGCGCUAGUCACUUGAGGGAAAAUUAUGUUCAGGGUAUGUUAGCAGAAGCUAUAAAUAGAUUAGUCAAGUAUCAUCAUAAACCAGAAUCAGAUAGGACUUCGCUAACCCAAUUGUUGUGUGGUGAAAAUGGGCUGGUUCCAGCUCUCGAACUCGUCUUUACUUUUAAUUUUAAGUCAAAAACAAAUUAUUUCAGUAAAAAACUCUUUGUAUGGGAUUACGUUGAGAAGAUGGCUCAAUACUUUCUUCAAUUACUUCAAGGCGCCUAUGUAAACGAAUUAAAUGAAACGACAAGAGACGCUCUUCAACGAUACACUACAGUCGUUGCUAAAAUUCAAAGAUCGCCAAUCAACGUUGGUAAAGACGGAAAAUUUACGAUAUUCAUUCUUCUGGGUUUACAAUCUAAAAUGCUGCAGAAAUGGAUGCUCGCUGCUAGUCAAUCGAUUCCUACUGUUCACAUGUACGAUGAAAACUCUUUUCUAAGAUCCCCGUCUUUGGUGAACCUUAUAGCAGGUUUAUUAGAUUCGCUAAACGACAUUCCUUUUAUAAUUGAAUCGUCGUUGUUACACGGUGUAUAG